AUGAGCAAUGAAUGUGUGUUACCUUAUUACACCGCCCACAGUUACCGCUCAACAGGUGUGUUCAAUACCUCCAUGGGGGACCUGCAACGCCAGCUGUACAAGGGAGGAGAGUAUGACAUUUUCAAGUACGCACCGAUGUUUGAGAGCGACUUUAUCCAGAUCAGCAAAAAAGGAGAGGUGAUUGAUGUACACAACCGUGUCCGAAUGGUGACCGUGGGCAUCGCAUCCACCAGCCCCAUCCUCCCCCUGCCUGAUGUCAUGUUGCUGGCCCGGCCAGCUAGAGUCUGUGAGGAGCAUGCAGGGUAUGGCCGGCCCACCAAGGGGAGAGGCCGCAAGGCCACAAAGACCUUAGAGCUCACCAGGCUCCUUCCCUUGAAGUUUGUCAAGAUCUCCAUCCAUGAUCGCGAGAAACAGCAGUUGCGUCUGAAACUUGCCACUGGCCGUACUUUCUACCUGCAGCUAUGUCCCUCCUCAGACGCCCGAGAAGACCUCUUCUGCUAUUGGGAAAAACUAGUCUAUCUCCUGAGACCACCAGUGGAGAGCUAUACCAGCACCCCAACCCUCCAGACUGAGGAUCUAACUACCACUUCUGUGUGUUUGACAGAAGACGACAAAAGCACAACGACUGCAGAGCUCCGUGGAGAAGGCGAUCAGGAUGAGGUCAGGCUUCGCAAGCUCCGCGAGGUGUCUGGAGCCACCUCUUCUGCUUACGCGGGGGGAGAGGGAAUCCAACAAGCCUUCCAUGGCACGCCUCGUACACCUCCUGCAGCCACGAAAGCUCCAGGGCCUGCCAUGGGAGCAGCAAUGGCUGGGGCAGCAGCAGGCCCCACAGCAGGAGGAGCAAUGGCAGGGGCAGCAGUAGGUUCCACAGCAGGAGCAGCAAUGGCAGGGGCAGCAACAAGUCCUGCAGCAGGCCGUACAGCAAGCACUAUGAGCAUCGCGAUCACCAAGUCUUCAGGCCCAGGACAGGCAAGUGCGGCCCUAGCAGGAGUGGCCACCAAGGAUCCAGGAGAAACUGGAUCCAGCAAGGCCAUAGCAGGUGCUGCCAACAUGUCCUCAGAGGGUGUUAACGUGGUCCUGGUGGGCGCUGCAAGCACAACCACACAGGGUAGUUCCACUGUAUCGACAGCGGCUUCCAAUCUCUCCCCAGAGAGCAGCAUGAGCGUAGUGUUUGCAGGAGUAGCCGCUACCAACAAGCCCGUCGCAGAAAGUGCUGGAGGACCGCUCGUCUCAACUUUGCAGAGUGAAGGGUACAUGAGUGAGCGGGAUGGAAGCCAGAGGGUGUCCCAGCCCAGUGCUGAAGCCCGGAAGGAAAAAAAGGAAAGAGCAAAGAAGGACAAAAAUGUCACUAGGAAAAGUUCCCAUCACCACAGGACAGGUGGGAACAAGUCAACCCGGAAAUCAUCCUCCCACCGGUCCUUAGCCAGCCGUAGAACCACGAGAGAGGACAAAAAAGAAAAAGGCCACAGCAAUAUAAAGGGCAAAGGACACAGGUCCUCCUCUCACAAAAGUGCAAGCCACAGUCCCACCCCAAAGGAAUCUAGGACAACUCACAAACCGGAGCGGACCCGAUCUGCAGCUAGCUCAGCUUCUGUAGGUAAGAAAUCCAGCAGGAUUGGCUCUUUCUUUAGGAGCUUCAGAGCUAUCCCUGCUUCGAGAACAGCGACGGCACCCCACGACAGAGGAGUGGACAUCGUGGCUAAGACUGUGGAGAGGCGCAACAUCGAAGCCAAGAUGGAGAAAGCACAGGAUGGCCAGGACCUGGAGAUCACAGGGACUAUGACAUCUGAGACCAUGGAGACAAUAACCUUUGAAGCCAAAGCUAUUUAA